GAAGACGCACUGAAAAAGAUAAAAUCACAAAUGUGGUUUAGAAACAGCUGGAGAAGCGGAAGAAGUUGCUAUUGUGCAAGUUACUGAUGGAAUAAAAAGUGACGGUGCUGAAAAGGGACGAAUAAGAGUGGCGUGAAAAUGUUUGAACGAAUUUAGUAUAUUGUUACAGCAUCCGAUGACAAUCUCUUUUGAAAAAAACAUCGACUGAGAUUUCUUUCUAAAAAUUUCAAGAAUAUAUCCAAUAUCUGGUCAAUAUAUAAGGAAAUUUCGAAAAACAUGGGGAGUUUUAAAGGCCACGCAUUGCCUGGAAGUUUCUUCCUGAUCACCGGCCUGUGGUGGGCCGCAAAGCAGACGUUUUUGUAUGCCACCCGCAGGAAUAAAAGUGCUGGUGCGGGGAGACUCGCAACUCGAGCUACCCAACGGCGCAUAGAAAUCAUAGAGGGAGCUGUCAUUUUAUCAUUUUCUAUUAUCGGUAUGUUAGCAGAGCAGCUUUUAGCAGGUGGGCCCAAGUUUCAGCUGUAUGAUUCCUCCACUCAGCACUGGGAACAGCUGAUGAACUGGCAACACACCACCAUGUACCUGUUCUUUGCCAUCGCAGGGGCCAUAUCUCUCACGGUCCACAGCACAGACAUCGCCCCGCUGGCCUUAGACCGGAUGCUGCUGGGGCUGGCUUUCUUUAAUGAGGGAUUUCUGUUUCUUUACCAUCUCCAUGGUAGAGAUAUGCUUGAUGUCCAUGUGCACACCCUUCUCCUCUAUGCCAUCUUUGCACAAGCUUUCAUCUGCCUUCUGGAGGUUUUCCACAGAGGGAAUAUUUUACUAGAACUGCUCCGAGCCACUCUUACCAUACUGCAGGGCAGCUGGUUCUGGCAGAUUGGCUUUGUGUUGUACCCACCCAGUCAAGUGAAAUGGGAUCAGACAGACCAUGACAACUCGGUCUUUGUCACAUUAUGCUACUGCUGGCACCUAGCAUUUGCAUUGCUCACUGUAGCUGUAAUUUACUGGUCUGUACUCUGUGCUGUCCGUUCCAGACUAAGGAGGAUACCACCCAUGGAGAUGGGACUUUUGAAACCAAGGGAGAAAGAAGUAGAGUCUGAAGAUGAGAUUUUAUGAGCAUUUAUCAUCCGUACACGUUCAUGCCAGCAUCUAAAUACACUUGGACCUGAAUCCAAAGAAAAGCAUAGAGACAGAGAGAUAUGAACAUUUGGAUAGAUAUGAACAGAGAGACAUUGUCACUAAAUAUUAGCUCUGACUUAAUUUCCUGAAGAGCAGAUGGGAGAUGACAAACAGUGACAGUCUUGCUUUCCAAGAUCUGUUUCAUCAUACUAUAUCAAGGGACUCACAGUAAAUCACAAGAGCCAUAGUGUUAUAUCUCUAAUUCAUUUUCCCAGUAUGAUCAAUCCAUUGAUAGUUACAACUCUGUCCAUGCAGUCUGCUUGUGUGGCUAUUCUUCUUUUUAUUUCACUAAUCCCCAUUUCUAUGAUGCACCUCAGGACCAAUCUACUCCUAAUAAAUUAAUUAAAACUUGAUUUUUUUCUAUAGAAGUUUGCAUCAAGUCAAUCAAAUAUGAUGUAUUGAUUUUUUUUUAUGUACACUUUUUGUUGUCAUUGCAUUGUUUGGCUUUGACGCAAUGUUGUGUAAAUUUGACACUUUAUUUGUGUGCCUUGUCAGUAUUUUACAUGUUGUCAGCUAAGGACAGGAAAUAUAAUAUUUUUAUCACGCUUUUAGUGGUACUAUAUGGUACACGUGCUAAAAUUGAUAUAUUUUAAUGCCUUUGAGAUUUGCAGGUUUGUAAGACACUUUUUAGUCAUCAAAUGAAUUAUGCUUUUGUAUUUUCUUGACAGCCAUAACAAUUCAUCAGCUAGUCCGCUGUGUUCGCUUGUGCCAUAGUAUUUUUUUGCCACGGCCUUUGACUGAAAAAAGGCCAUUGUACUUGCAAUCUUUUUCCAAUUAUAGUAUCUUAUUCCAUGCAAUUAUUGAUCAAUUUAAUUUAAUUUGACAUUUCAAAUAAAAUAGCACAUAACUGUGUUAACAUUAAA